CGUUCACUGUUUGCUCACAGGCGCAGAGACAGAAGGAUUUUGCAGAAGCUCGCAACAUGAGGCAUUUGAAUUUCCUGGUAAUAAUCGUCAUCUUGGAAUCGUAUGUGGUUCAAGCACUAGGGUUAUUUUUUGGGGAGUACCACGAGCACAAUCGAAUCGAGCUACCCUUUGAAGAAGGAGACAUCACAUGUCGUCGCUAUAGGGAUGGAGACGUUUAUGAGAUGCAAGCUAUCGACAGUCUCUCGUUUUGUGAUGGUGAGGAUGACUGCAUGAACCGCGAAGAUGAAGAUCCUGACAUAUGUGCUAAAGACCUGGAGUCAUUUCGCCUUGUCGUAAGGGACAGUGGGACCACGUGGGCUCUCCUCCGUUGGGACAUCGAGGGCAAUCCUCGACUGCCCUUUCCAGGAUCCACACCGAGCGGCUUCCUUCUAACGCGUAGACGAGGUGAUGUUGUUCUGUCCACGUAUCUGGAAUACUCGGAGCAGCGAAGUUAUGUCAUCGAAGAUUUACUGCCAUAUAUGAACUACACCAUCAUUCUACGACCAUACAAAUACAGGGACGAAUAUGACGGACAUUACGAAGUCGGGAAAGCACACGCUGUUAUUGUGCAUACAAACAAAACAGAUGCGCCCGCCCACACAGCGCCAAGAGGGCUCGAGGAACUCGAUUUCCAUUGUCAGGAUCCCAUUGCUCCAAAUAUCAACAUAACCGUGGCCAGCAAGUCAUUAUGCGACGAAGUACAAGACUGCUUCCAGGGCGCAGACGAAACGAAAGAGCUCUGUGGAAAUAUAGAGCAAGUUCAGCUGUCAGUAGAAGAGAGGGCGGAGAAGUUUGCCAUUCUGAAGUUGAGCGCGGCGGAGCAUGGUAGCCCAUGGGGAACAGCCACUGAAGAGCGGAGAGCAACCAUUUACGGGCGUAGGGCGUCGCCAGAUGGGUUCUUUGUGACAACGAUAUCCAACACGGAAGUGACUACUCCACGCUUUCAGAGCCUUCUAGGUAGACGGUACUUGAUAACAAAUUUGAAUUCGUCCACAAACUACACGUUCAUGGUGCGACCGUACGUCAAGGAAACUGAAAGCAGACGAGGCUACAGGGUCGGCAAGGUCGUUUCUGAAUCCGUGAUGACGAAGACGGCUGAGCUGCAGAAUCUGAGAAGUUUCUAUGUGAACGGAAACCAUGCGGUUGUGCUCUGGAAUGCCGAACCUGACGCCCUGUUUUUUCGAGUUACCUACGGGAACUGGUGGAGUCACAUAUUGCGAAGUUUCCCAAACGUGAGGGCUGUUGAUAAGAAGAACAAUGUGUUCAGCUUCAUUAUUCCAUCCGGCGAAUUACCGUCACUUUUCACUGGCGCCGCCUGUGGAAAUCAUGGGUGCAGCGACGAUGUCACGAUGUUAAUCGAUGAAGCAGGUCAAGUUCCAGGGAAUCCAGUUGUCAAAAUUACGUCGAUUGCAGCGACGAGUCCUACCUCAUUCUACGUCAGCUGGACUAUGGAUAGCUACAAUUUCACGUCCACAGUCGGAUAUUGGGUUAGGUACUGCGCCGAAUUUGCAACUACGUGCCGCUUGCAGCAGCUGUCGAAAAAGACACUUACAGUGACAGAUCUCACACCAGCCACGACGUACACCGUCAAAGUGCAACCAAGAAUAAAGACACGUGCUGGAAACAUCGAACUCGGUUCAAUGAGUGAAGCACGGGUGUCUACCUGGACCGCUGUUCCUGCAAGCCCCAUGCUGUACCCCUACCAUGUACUCACGCCUCCUUGUCAACUCCACGUUGGCUGGACUUUCUACAAUAGCACGUUGUCCUUUAUUCAGAUCUCACUGGAAAACGACACCUGGUUGAACUGCACAACGUCAGCGCAUUGCAACGCCCACGUACUUGACAAUGUUGCAACAGCCGGAUCACUCAUGCUUUGGAACCUUGAGUACUACACGACCUACAAGUUGCUUGUAAGAGGCUGCAACGGCAAUGGGUGUGGUUCCUACAGCACCAUUGUUUUCUCAACGCCAAGUGACGCAUCGAGUGCUCCGAUCAGCCUUAGCUCCGAGCGGCUGGCAAACGGCUUGGUGUUGUUGAGAUGGGAGAGGCCAUUGCAUCCUCGUGGACCCUUAGAUGGAUAUGACGUCUCCUGGAAGUGUGCCAAAGAAACGAGUAUAGUGGAUGGGGUGACCGAUCUAAAGUUUCUCAUUACUGAGCCUCUGAACGGCCAGGGUUGCACAGCAUCUGUUGCGGCAUACCAUAUCACCGAGGAGGGUAACGUGCUGCGUGGAGUAGAAGCGCACAUAGAUAUUCCACCGAACAAUUCUAGUGACUAUCACGAUAUGUAGGAUAUGUUCGGAGAAGUCGCAUAACACAAAUAAACAAACAUGUGCCUC